UUGGUGCUCUCUGCCUGUUUGCUUUCUCUCCCUUGCACUGCCUACUUCUCCGACACCCCCUCUUUUCGCCUGCCCAGAUGAUUAACCAAAACAGCCCAAAGCAGCAAAACAACAACAGAAAAGAAAUGUGAACUCGUCGCUUGACGUGCUGCUUUCGAGAUUAGUCGUUUAAUUUUGUACUUGGUAGUCAACUUCGCAGUUGAUUUCUGUUCUUAAUUUACUCUAUUACUAUGAGAAUUGAAUAUAAUCUGUCUGAAAAAGACUUAGACCAUGAUUAUUAGAGGUUGCUUUCAUUUGAUUUAUCCUCUUCAGUUUUUUAUCUUGGCGGCAUGCAUAUUUGCACCGUUCAUUUGCCUUGGAAGUUACUCCAAUCAUGAACGCUCAGGUCCAGAGCGUUCUCUUGUGAUAGUCAUUUUAGACCAAGAAAGUGACAAUAAUUCAAACACUUUAGUGACUGAGUUCCGGGCAGACCUUGAAAAGAACAGUCAGGGAGAUUGUCAUGUAAUACUGACGACCGUCUCAGGAAACUUUUCUGGAGAAAUAGGUGCGUGGACUGUAAUUCCUCUCAUUGAAAAAUUAUCUGUUAACCCUAAUCUGUCUUCGUCUUGGUAUUUCUUCGCCUUGCCCAUGACUCGUAUAAAUUUCCCAAAACUAUUGAACCUGCUGAAUCGAUACAAUUCUGAGGAGCCAAUCUGGCUGGGAUAUGGCCUGCACGACAGGGAACCGACAAUUAUCCACCACUUUUCCUUGCUUACCAAAGCCAAAGACAAUUUCCUCUAUCCACUAUUCCCGUCUGGAUUCGCCCUGAGCCAAGGACUGGUUUCCUCACUUGCAGAGAGGUGGAACCUGAACAACACUGCUGAGCUCCAUCCAUCGGAAUUCGCCAUAGAUGCGUCCCACGAGCUUGCCCUUUUUAUCUGGAACGAAGGUCAGGGUCCCACGCUGACCCAUUCAAGCAGGUUCUGCUGGGUAAAGGGACCCAAUUGCGUUUCAUACCCUGUCGUCCAGUCAACCUGCAGACCUUUGGUCCAGACCAAAGAGAUUUUCUUUGCCGUCAAAACUUGUCAGAAAUUUCACAGGACCAGGGUGCCGAUCGUGUUGCAGACGUGGGCCAAGAAGACUCACCACUUUGCACUCUUUUCUGAUACGCCAGAUUUCAUGGUUCCUGGACUGGUUGAUCUCAAAGUGCCAAACACGGAGCACGGCCACUGCAGCAAGACUGAAGCCAUCAUCAAGUACGUUGAGCAAAUAAUGAUGGAACAACCAAAUAUUGGAUGGCUGGUGAUCGCAGAUGACGACACCAUUUUAAGCGUUGCACGACUGCAAGAAUUCUUGAGCUGUCACAGUCAAAUCGAAACACCUCUGGCCCUAGGCGAGCGAUACGGAUUCAGAGUGAUGGAGCCGGAAAAUGGCUACAACUACUUGACUGGUGGGGGUGGAAUGGUCAUCAACAGGGCUGCUGUGAAGCUUCUGGCCAAAGAAUGCCGCUGCCCAGCAGACAAUUUCCCUGAUGACAUGUACAUCAUGGGCAUUUGCCUCUCCAAAGCAUCCAUCCCCCUUGUUCAUUCCUCAUUAUUUCAUCAAGCUCGCCCAGAUGACUAUGCUCAAGAAUACUUAGCCAUGCAGAAACCCAUUUCAUUCCACAAGCACUGGCAGGUCAAUCCGUUUGAAGUGUACAAGAACUGGUUCGACCCUGACUUUCCUGCUGGAACGCCGAAACGUAACGUCCAUAAUGAGCUUUGAUUAAUUUUCCGCAAACCAGUUGUAACGCAAUUAUUGUUUAAUUGGAAGAAAUGACAAUACCAUUUGUGCCAUUUUGAAAUAAACACUACUUGUUCUUUUUAAACAAAA